UCGCCGUGAGAAGCAAAGUUGACAUUUCUGGAUCACUCUCCCCAGAGGCGUCGCUUGCCAACUUCUGGGACAUGCAGUCUCACCGAGGGGACUGACAGGCAGGGACAGACAAGAGGCAGCUAAAUCCGCGCUGCUGAAGGCAGGCUGAAGUUACAGAACUUGGGCUAUUUUUCUGCUCCCCCAUCCCCCCGCCUCCCUAGGAACCACAUCUUGACUCAUACAGUCGAAAGAAAAAACUCUUUUGGUUAUUUGAUAUUUGGGAAACCUCCAGGAGACCAUAACUUAGUUUUGAGGAAGCCUUGUCUCUCACUUGGCUGGGAGCACACACACACACACACACACACACACACACACACACACUUGCUCACAGGGCUCCAACACCAUGGUGGUUCAGGCUGCAGUGGCUCCGAAUAGAUCUCAAAGACUUUUGCUGAAAAUUCCGUAUGGAUCUCUGAGAAGACGCAGCGUGGAGAGGAUGACGGAGGGCCGUCGAUGUCAAGUACAUCUUCUGGAUGACAGGAAGCUGGAACUCUUAGUACAGCCCAAGCUUUUGGCCAAGGAGCUGCUGGACCUCGUGGCAUCGCACUUCAACCUGAAGGAAAAGGAAUACUUCGGAAUAGCCUUCACAGAUGAGACGGGACACUUAAACUGGCUUCAACUAGAUCGAAGAGUAUUGGAACACGACUUCCCCAAAAAGUCGGGACCAGUGGUUUUGUACUUCUGUGUCAGGUUCUACAUAGAAAGCAUCUCGUACCUAAAGGAUAAUGCCACCAUUGAGCUCUUCUUCCUGAAUGCUAAGUCCUGUAUCUACAAGGAGCUGAUCGAUGUUGACAGUGAAGUGGUGUUUGAAUUAGCCUCCUAUAUUUUACAGGAGGCAAAGGGAGAUUUUUCUAGCAAUGAGGUGGUGAGGAGUGACUUAAAGAAGCUGCCGGCGCUCCCCACUCAAGCCCUGAAGGAGCACCCCUCCCUGGCCUACUGUGAGGACCGAGUCAUUGAGCACUACAAGAAACUGAACGGCCAGACCAGAGGUCAAGCAAUUGUAAACUACAUGAGCAUCGUGGAGUCUCUCCCAACCUACGGGGUUCACUAUUAUGCAGUGAAAGACAAGCAGGGGAUACCGUGGUGGCUGGGACUGAGCUACAAAGGAAUCUUCCAGUAUGACUACCACGAUAAAGUGAAGCCGAGGAAGAUCUUCCAAUGGAGGCAGUUGGAAAACCUGUAUUUCAGAGAAAAGAAGUUUUCCGUGGAAGUUCAUGACCCCCGCAGGGCUUCAGUGACCAGGAGGACAUUUGGACACAGUGGCAUCGCGGUACAUACAUGGUACGCAUGUCCAGCAUUGAUCAAGUCCAUCUGGGCUAUGGCCAUUAGCCAGCACCAGUUCUAUCUGGACAGAAAGCAGAGUAAGUCUAAAAUCCAUGCCGCGCGCAGCCUGAGCGAGAUCGCCAUCGACCUGACCGAGACCGGCACACUGAAGACCUCCAAGCUGGCCAACAUGGGGAGCAAAGGGAAGAUCAUCAGCGGCAGCAGCGGGAGCCUCCUGUCAUCAGGUUCUCAGGAAUCCGAUAGCUCUCAGUCGGCCAAGAAAGACAUGCUGGCCGCCUUGAAGUCCAGGCAGGAAGCUCUGGAAGAAACUCUCCGCCAGCGGCUGGAGGAACUGAAAAAGCUCUGCCUUCGAGAAGCUGAGUUGACAGGCAAACUGCCCAUUGAGUAUCCCUUGGACCCGGGGGAGGAACCACCCAUCGUUCGCAGAAGAAUCGGAACGGCCUUCAAACUGGAUGAACAGAAAAUCCUGCCCAAAGGAGAGGAGGCCGAGCUGGAACGCCUGGAACGGGAAUUUGCCAUUCAAUCCCAGAUUACAGAGGCCGCCCGCCGCCUCGCCAGUGACCCCAACGUCAGCAAAAAACUGAAGAAACAAAGGAAAACCUCUUAUCUGAACGCACUGAGGAAGCUGCAGGAGAUCGAGAAUGCCAUCAACGAGAACCGCAUCAAGUCUGGGAAGAAACCCACGCAGAGGGCUUCGCUGAUCAUCGCCGAUGGAAAUAUUGCCAGUGAAGACAGCUCCCUCUCAGAUGCCCUUGUGCUAGAGGAUGAAGACUCUCAGGUCACCAGCACACUGUCCCCCUUACAGUCUCCUCACAAGGGACUCCCUCCUCGACCACCGUCACACAACAGGCCCCCACCUCCCCAGUCCCUGGAGGGACUCCGGCAGAUGCACUAUCACGGCAGCGACUACGACAAAUCCCCCAUAAAGCCCAAAAUGUGGAGUGAGUCCUCUUUAGAUGAGCCUUACGAGAAGGUCAAGAAACGUUCCUCCCACGGCCAUUCCAGCACUCACAAGCGAUUCCCCAGCACGGGCAGCUGUGCAGAAGCAGGCGGGGGCAGUAGCUCCCUCCAGAACAGCCCCAUCCGCAGCCUCCCUCACUGGAACUCCCAGUCCAGCAUGCCGUCCACACCAGACCUGCGGGUCCGGAGUCCCCACUAUGUUCAUUCCACGAGGUCGGUGGACCUCAGCCCCACGCGGCUGCACAGCCUCGCCCUGCACUUUAGGCACCGGAGCUCCAGCUUGGAGUCCCAGGGCAAGCUCCUGGGCUCGGAGAACGACACGGGGAGCCCCGACUUCUACACCCCGCGGACUCGUAGCAGCAACGGCUCCGACCCCAUGGACGACUGCUCCUCCUGCACCAGCCACUCGAGCUCGGAGCACUACUACCCGGCGCAGAUGAACGCCAACUACUCCACGCUGGCCGAGGACUCGCCGUCGAAGGCGCGCGCGCGGCAGCGGCAGCGGCAGCGGGCGGCGGGCGCGCUGGGCGCCGCGAACUCGGGCAGCAUGCCCAACCUGGCGGCGCGCGGCGGCGGCGCGCACGGCGUCUACCUGCACAGCCAGAGCCAGCCCAGCUCGCAGUACCGCAUCAAGGAGUACCCGCUGUACAUCGAGGGCGGCGCCACGCCCGUGGUGGUGCGCAGCCUGGAGAGCGACCAGGAGGGCCACUACAGCGUCAAGGCGCAGUUCAAGACGUCCAACUCGUACACGGCGGGCGGCCUGUUCCGGGAGAGCUGGCGCGGCGGCGACGAGGGCGACGCGGGCCGCCUGACGCCGUCGCGCUCGCAGAUCCUGCGGACUCCGUCGCUGGGCCGCGAGGGCGCCCACGACAAGGGCGCGGGCCGCGCCGCCGUCUCGGACGAGCUGCGCCUGUGGUACCAGCGCUCCACGGCCUCGCACAAGGAGCACAGCCGCCUGUCGCACACCAGCUCCACCUCCUCGGACAGCGGCUCCCAGUACAGCACCUCCUCCCAGAGCACCUUCGUGGCGCACAGCAGGGUCACCAGGAUGCCCCAGAUGUGCAAGGCCACGUCAGCUGCCUUACCUCAAAGCCAGAGAAGCUCAACGCCGUCGAGUGAAAUUGGAGUGACGCCCCCAAGCAGUCCCCACCACAUCCUGACCUGGCAGACUGGGAGCUACGCUGAUAGCUGUUUCCUGGAUUCCUCCCUCUAUCCAGAACUAGCCGACGUCCAGUGGUACGGGCAGGAAAAAGCCAAGCCCGGGACCCUCGUGUGAGCCAGCCGGCCUCAAUCUGACCGCCUCAACGCCAUUCAGAGAUCACCUCACUGCCUCUCAUUUGCCUUACCCAGACGCACUGUCACCCUGCACCAGCUUCGGCCCUCAGCACUUUUUUUCUCCCGUCUCCGCAUUCCCUUCACCCCCAAAAACCUGACUGAGGAGACAUUCUGGAAGGUUCCGGUCCCACUGUGUGUCCUCUGGCUCUCUCGCCCACGGAGAGCCAGGCGCCAAUCCUCAACGGCACCUUGGUGGCUUCCCCCUGCCGUGACAGCCCCCAGGCCGGGAGCCAUCAGGGAAGGUAACGGACAUCAAACUCCUGUGGACAGGUGGCAU